GCUUAAUAUAUGUAUGCAUGUAUGUAUUCUCGAUUUCUUCUAUCGUCGUUUUUGGUUCACUCGUUUCUUAUGUAUUGCGUGAUCUGCAUGCAUGGACCUUCGAGGUGAUCGGAAGCCAUGAAAAUGGCAUCAAGAAAAACAACAUCCUUGCUUAAUCUUCUUCUUCUUCUUGGAGCUUUGACUGUUUUGAGCAGUUUGGUGAUAGUGAAAGGAGAAAGCCCUUACAAGUUUUACACCUGGACUGUGACUUAUGGCAUUAUCUCUCCUCUUGGUGUUCCUCAACAGGUUAUUCUCAUCAAUGGUCAGUUUCCUGGUCCAAAGCUUGAUGUUGUGACCAAUGACAACAUCAUCCUCAACCUCAUCAACAAACUUGACCAGCCUUUCCUCUUGACCUGGAAUGGGAUUAAGCAGAGGAAGAACUCAUGGCAAGAUGGUGUUUUGGGAACAAACUGUCCGAUCCAACCAAACUCAAACUUCACUUACAAAUUCCAAACCAAAGAUCAAAUCGGAUCUUUCAAUUACUUCCCUUCCACUGCCUUUCACAAAGCCGCCGGUGGAUUCGGAGCCAUCAAUGUCUAUGCAAGACCUGGAAUCCCAAUCCCUUACCCUCUCCCAACCGCAGAUUUCACUUUACUCGUUGGUGAUUGGUUCAAAACCAACCACAAAACGCUUCAACAGCGUUUGGAUUCUGGUGGAGUUCUUCCAUUUCCAGAUGGGAUGCUCAUAAAUGGACAAACUCAAUCAACAUUUUCAGGCGACCAAGGGAAGACUUAUAUGUUCAGAAUCUCCAAUGUUGGUUUAUCAAGCAGUUUCAAUUUCAGAAUCCAAGGACAUACCAUGAAAGUAGUUGAAGUUGAAGGCUCUCAUGUUAUUCAAACUGAUUAUGAUUCUCUUGACAUUCAUGUUGGCCAGUCUUUAGCUGUUCUUGUUACUUUAAACCAAUCUCCUAGAGAUUAUUACAUCGUCGCAAGCACCCGGUUCGUUAGAAGCAAAGUUUCUGUUAUAGGUUUGUUGCGUUAUUCUAACUCCCGCGUCCCAGCUUCUGGUGAUCAGCCUGCUCUUCCACCUGGAGAGCUUGUUUGGUCGAUGAGACAAGCUAGAACAUUCAGGUGGAACUUAACAGCAAAUGCAGCUAGACCAAACCCUCAAGGAUCAUUCCACUAUGGAAUGAUCACUCCAACGAAGUCAUUUGUCUUCUCAAAUUCAGCUCCUUUAAUUAAUGGAAAGCAAAGAUAUGCAGUCAAUGGAGUCUCUUAUGUGAACUCAGAGACGCCUCUUAAACUCGCUGAUCACUUUGGAAUCAGUGGAGUUUUCAGCACCAACGCCAUUCAAAGCGUCCCUUCUAACUCUCCUCCAACUGUUGCAACAUCAGUUGUUCAAACAUCUCUCCAUGAUUUCCUUGAAAUUGUGUUUCAGAACAAUGAGAAAUCAAUGCAGUCUUGGCAUCUUGACGGAUAUGACUUCUGGGUCGUUGGAUUUGGUUCUGGACAAUGGACACCUGCAAAAAGAUCACUCUACAAUCUUGUUGAUGCUCUUACCAGACACACUACUCAGGUCUACCCAAAGUCUUGGACAACAAUCUUGGUGUCUUUGGACAAUCAAGGGAUGUGGAAUAUGAGAUCAGCGAUAUGGGAAAGACAAUAUUCAGGACAACAGUUUUAUCUCAAAGUAUGGAAUCCAGUGCAGAGUCUUGCCAAUGAAUACAAUCCUCCUGACAAUCUUCAAUUCUGUGGCAAAGCUGUUGGACGACACCUUUAGAGAGAUCCUCUUAUAGUUUCCUCUGUUCUUUCUUAAAGUUAUUUACUUAAAAAGGUUUUUUCGAUUCAAUUUGGUCUGUUCUUUCUGGUCAUGAGAGUAUGGCUGCUGGCUAUUUACACUUAAAGGGAAGAGGAAAGUUAUGGUUCACUGGUAGGCUAGAUUGGAGUUUUAUAAUAACCUUGCUCUAUACAA